AUGCAGCCAUGGAUUGCCGGUAGUCGCUCCCUCUACGCUUUGCGACCUUGGACUCGUUUCGCGACAAGAUCUUUCACCACAACUCAUACCCUCCAACGAUCAAGGAAGCAAAAGCCCGUUCCUACCGACAAGAAAAAGCCUAAAUCGCUUGUACAGAGGUCCGCCUCGCAAACUGUCCGAAAAGACAUUGCAGCAGCACGAGAUUUCACCGGUUUGGUGGAGGCAACCCUGCGCGAUGUCCACCAUAAGCUGAACACGACAGGCGAAUCGCUGGAGGAUUGGACUCGUUUUGAACGGCAAAUAAAUAAUGCUUGCAAAUUGGAUGAAAGCAAGUCAUCUGCACAAUACGGACCCCUUCGGCAUAUCAAGGUAGCGCUGCAAAAGGCCUAUCUUGCCUCCGGACUCCAGGGUUUACGAGAGGAGAUAGAAUAUCUCAUGUACUCUGAUAGCAUCACCGCCAGGUUCUCAGAGCCGGUUCUUGACGCACAGCAGCGAGUGGCAGACCUUCGAUGGCCAGCCGAAUGGUAUCCACGCGCACGGUCGAUGCGGCGAACGAUUCACCUCCAUGUCGGGCCGACGAAUUCCGGGAAGACCUACCAUGCUCUACAACGACUGGCGAAAAGCAAGAAUGGCUUCUAUGCAGGCCCACUGAGAUUGCUUGCGCAAGAAGUAUAUCAACGCUUCAAGGCGGACGGGGUUCCAUGCAGUCUCGUCACUGGUGACGAUGUCAAGUUUCCGGAGAAUAAUGAAGUGUCGCGUAUUGUUAGUAAUACCGUGGAGAUGGUCAGUUUGGGUCAGGAAUACGACGUGGGUGUGAUUGAUGAGAUUCAAAUGAUUGCCAACUCGUCUCGUGGUUGGGCAUGGACUCGAGCCUUCCUUGGUGCGCAAGCGGCCGAACUGCAUGUGUGUGGCGAAACUCGCUCAGUGCCAUUGAUUCGAGAAUUAUGUGCCCUUACAGGAGAUAAUUUAGAGAUCCAUCGCUAUGAACGUUUGAAUGGAUUGGAAGUGAUGCCGCACAGUUUGAAAGGCAACCUCCACAACCUUGAGAAGGGCGACUGUGUCGUUGUUUUUUCGCGCAAAGGUAUACAUGCUAUGAAAGCGGACAUCGAAAAGACCACUGGAAGACGGGCAGCCAUCGUUUACGGUGGCUUGCCCGCAGAGAUUCGGACGCAGCAGGCAAGUUUAUUCAACGACCCCGACAAUGACUACGAUUUUCUCGUGGCAAGCGACGCCAUUGGAAUGGGUCUGAACCUGAGCUGCAAGCGUGUCAUCUUUGAUACCAUUGUCAAACGCCUCCCAAGUGGACUUCAACGACUUACCGUACCGGAGAUCAAACAGAUUGGUGGACGUGCAGGGCGAUAUCGUGCAGCCAACGCCACAGGAAGCACAAACGAAGAGCCUAACGUGGGUUUAAUCACGAGUCUGGAAGAGGUCGAUCUUCCAUAUAUCCAGCAAGCGAUGAAGCUGGAACCUCCGCCGCUCAGUGCCGCGGGUAUUUUCCCCCCAGAAUCUGUCUUUCGAAAAUUCGCAGCCUAUUUCCCACCAGGUGUACCUUUCGAAUAUCUGAUCAAACGUGUCCUGGAUAUCGCCCAGGUCAAUCCCUUGUUCUUUUUGUGUGACCCUUCCAGUCAGUUGGGGAAUGCCGAAAUUAUCGACACCGUGAAAGGACUCCCGUUUGAGGAUCAGUUAAAAUUCAUGGUGUCUCCCAUGGACCGCAAGAGUGAAAUCUCGCGUGAUGUGACCGGCGCUCUAGCGGACUGCGUGGCCGACCAUAACGAUGGUCGACUGUUAGACAUCAACCAUCUUAACCUGGAAGUGCUUGAACAGCAAGUUUCUGGUAGCAAUAGUUACAUGGCUGAUCUGGAGAGUCUUCAUCGGGCAGUCAUUUUGUACCUAUGGCUCAGUUUCCGGUUCGGUGGUGUGUUCACUGACCGAACUCUCGCGAGUCACGUCAAGGAGCUUGUCGAAGAGCGGAUGGUUCGAGCAUUGACCGAGUUCUCCGCUAACAAGAGACUGCGGCAGGGUGCUUCUCUGAAGCGCCAGAUCGCACUUCAGAAACAGUUGUUGGAGCAGCAACGUAUGGGUGUUGCUCCAGACUGGUUGAAGCCCUCUGGCGAAGGAGAGAUGGGACUCGACUUGUCCGGCGAACCUGUUUCCGAGGGUGCGGAGGGCGUGGAAGGUACGGAAGGCGAAGCUUCCGACUCAGAUGAUCUUUCAUUAAUCGAGCCAUCACCGGAGGCAGAGGGCCAGGACGCCAGCCAAGACGAUGGCACCUCCGCCGACUUGAAGGACUCUGAAGACUCUGAACCGACGGAGUCAUAUUACGACACGGAAGUCCACAAAUUCUGA